AUGGCGGCCACACGCGAUGAAUACACUCGUGGCAAGCAGCAGCAGCCUGCAUCACCAGACCUCAAUCUAAAAUUGAGAGACUCCCUGGAUGUGAUUUUUGAUAAGUUUUGGACUCAGCUACUGGCCCACACACGACCAGCCACUGCCAUACCGCUCACUGUCCCACCUACAGUACUGGCAAGCAGCACCAAGAGGACUGGGAAACCUCUGAUGGGCACCAAAAAUCGCCAAACCCCUGCAACUUGCAUGAAUCGCCCACCUGGACAGAGGGCAACUAGGGGAUUGACCCGCAGGUACCGGCCACACAAGCGGAGGGCCGCAGGAACCACAUGGAAACACACGCCAGACCCAUGCACAGCCCAACGUACCCGUCCGCUGGGAAGGACUCUGGACCUGAAAGGACCCCAGGCUCGUGGCAGGAAGGUACCAGCCCUCACACUGACCCAGGGCCGAGGAGGCACCAUGUCCACAAAGGGCUGUAUAGCCGACCUGCUGUAUAUCCUCGACUGCUCCUAUACCCAGCUGCGCACAGGGAUUGGAUGA